AUUUGAAUAAUGAAUAGUUUACUUUAAGUUUACAUUCAUAUAGAUAUGGAUGCAUAUUAUGCAUAAGCAGAAUAAAAGUUAUUAAAUAUUCCUGAGAAUCAACCAGUAUGUGCAAGACAAUGGAAUAGUUUGAUAGCAAUUAAUUAUCCAGCAAGAGAUGCUGGUAUUAAAAGAGGAAUGUUAAGUGAAGAGGCAUUAAAAUUAUGUCCAGAUGUAUUAUUACCUCAUGUAGAAACAUUUAAAGUAAUUGAUGGUAAAAUGGUAUUCUCAAAUUUAAAAGAUAAAUAUAUAUAGCAUAAUCAAUAUGAAGAGAAAGUAAGUCUAAGAUAUUAUAGAUAAGAAAGUAAAUUGAUAUUUGGUAUUAUUAAGAGAUUUUGUAAUUGUGUUGAAAAGGGAGGAACUGAUGAAGGUUAUAUUCAAGUUAGUGAUAAAGAAAUUGAAAAUAUAUAAUCAAACUAAUUUUAUGGUCAUCUAAUGAAAGAGUUACCUGAAGAUUAUUAAUUAACAGAAUAAGAUUGUUUAUUAAGAAAAGCAUCUUUAUUAUGUUAAAAUAUUCGAGAUGCUAUAUAUACAGAAACUAAAUAUAAAUGUAGUGCAGGAAUCUCUUUUAAUAAAAUGUUAGCUAAAUUAGCAUCUGCUACUAAUAAACCUAAUAAAUAAACUAUCAUUCUAGAAUCUAUGCUUCCUGAAUGUAUAUCUAAUAUAAGCAUUAAAAAAAUAAGAGGUUUUGGAGGUAAAGUUUAAGAAACAUUACUUGAAAGUGGAUUAAAGACUGUUGGUUAAGCUUAAACGUUGUCUAUUUAUGAAUUAUAAUCUUUAUUCGCAGAUAAAGCUUAAUAUAUUUAUGAUAAAUUGAGAGGAUAUGAUGAUGAAUAAGUUAAAAAAGAAGUAGAUUUAAAAAACAAAUCUAUUUUAUCAUUAAAAAAUAUUAAAAAAACAUCUUCAAGAGAAAUUGUCAUUCAAUCCCUUGAACUUAUAAUUCAUGAUAUCACUAUGAGAGUUACUGAUUAUUAUGAAGAUUCUAAUCUAGUACCAUCUGUUUUAGUUAUACAUUAUCAUAAUGUAGAAAAGGGAUCUCAUUAAAAAAGUGAACCUCUUUAUAUUACUUUGCCUUUAGAAAGUUUCAGAUUAACUAUUGAAGAUAGAGUACAUUCCAUUCUAAAUUAAAUAUAAGACAAUGAAUUGUUUCCCCUAAUUCAUAUAGGUAUUAGUUGUAGAUAUUUUAAACCUAUGAUUCAAGGUAUCCAAAAUCCUAUCACUAUGUUUUUUAAAAAAACAUUAGAAUUAUAAGAGUCAGAAAAAUUAGCUAGGGAAGCUCAAUUAUAAGAUAAAAUCAUUUCACCUGAUGAUUAUUACACUUGUAUAAAUUGUUAAGUAGAAAUAUUAAAAAAAGAUAAAGAAUCUCAUGAUGAUUUUCAUAUUGCUCAAAAUUUAGACAAAGAAAUCAAUCCAAAAAAAAGAAAAUAUAAAAGUUAAUUAUAAACUACUAGUAAUUAAUAAAGUAAUGUUAAUUCCAAAUCAAAAAGUAAAUAAAAAGGUUUAACGUCAAUUUUAUAAUUUAUUAAAAAAUAAUGA